UAUUCUUCAAGCCCACAUCAACUCUUGGUUAAUUUAACAUGGUUAAUAUUUAACUUAUAAAAUAAUUCCUGAACAUAAAAGUUAAAUACAAAUGGAGAUUCUGCUUUUAUUUUGCAAGAACGUUUGCUGAAGAUGACCAUAGAGGAGAGACGCAAAGAAUACAUAAGGGAUUAUGUUCGCCUGAACACCAUCCCAUCGUGGAAAGAGGAGAUGAAGGGCAAGAGCCAAAAUGAUGAAGAAAAUACUCAGGAACCAUCACAGGUGAAGAAAAGUUUGAGUGAGAAAGUUUCUCUGUAUAGAGGUGACAUCACAUUGCUAGAGGUGGAUGCUAUAGUCAAUGCGGCAAAUGCCAGUCUUCUUGGAGGUGGAGGUGUGGAUGGCUGUAUUCACAGGGCAGCUGGGCCCUGUCUGCUUGCUGAGUGUCGGAACCUGAACGGCUGUGACACUGGACAUGCAAAGAUCACGUGUGGCUAUGACCUGCCUGCAAAAUAUGUCAUCCACACUGUAGGGCCAAUAGCCAGAGGCCAUAUUAAUGGUUCCCACAAGGAAGACCUUGCAAAUUGCUAUAAAUCGUCUCUGAAACUGGUGAAAGAAAAUAACAUCCGAUCAGUU